UGGGGGUCUACCACAUCGGGGUAGCCAGCUGCUUGCAGGAACAUGCCCCCUUCCUCGUCGCCAACGCCAGGAAGGUCUACGGCGCCUCAGCCGGGGCGCUCACCGCCACCGCCCUCGUCAGCGGCGCCUGCCUCGGUGAGGCUGGUGCCAGCAUUAUUCGAGUGUCAAAAGAAGCCCGGAAGAGGUUCUUGGGCCCGCUCCACCCAUCUUUCAACUUGGUGAAGACCAUUCGAAUCUGCCUGUCCAAGACUGUGCCAGAGAAUGGGCAUGAGGUUGCAGCGGGGCGUUUGGGUAUUUCCCUGACACGGGUCUCUGAUGGAGAAAACGUGAUACUGUCAGACUUCAAUUCCAAGGAGGAGCUGAUCCAGGCCUGUGUCUGCAGCACCUUUAUCCCUGUCUACUGUGGGCUGAUACCUCCAACUCUGCGUGGAGUGAGAUACGUUGAUGGCGGGAUUUCUGACAACUUGCCACGGUAUGAACUGAAGAACACAAUCACGGUGUCUCCAUUCUCAGGAGAGAGUGACAUCUGUCCACGGGACAGUUCCACAAACAUGCAUGAGCUGAGGGUCACCAAUACAAGCAUCCAGUUCAACCUUCGCAACCUCUACCGCCUCUCAAAGGCCCUGUUUCCUCCAGAGCCACAGGUGCUGCGGGAUAUGUGCAAGCAGGGCUAUCGGGAUGCGCUGCACUUCCUGAAGAGGAAUGGUCUCCUUCAUCGUCCAAGUCCUGCCCGCCCUCUCCUUGCCAUAGAAGCCCCCCCAGAAGAGAAAAAAGAGGAAGAAACAGAAGCUGAGGACCAACUAGAGGACAAUGCUGCCCUUGCUGUUGUUGAAGAGCACAUCUUUGAACACUUGCCUCCUAGACUGAACCAAGCUCUUCUGGAGGCUUGUGCAGAAAGAAGAGGUUUCUUGACUGGUAUCACCAACAUGCUGCCUAUACGUGUGGCCACGGCGAUGAUGGUCCCCUAUAUGCUGCCUCUGGAGUCUGCAGUUUCCUUCACUGUCAGGCUGCUGGAAUGGCUCCCAGAUAUCCCUGAGGAUAUUAGAUGGAUGAGGGAGCAGGUGACUGAAAUCUGCAACUACCUUGUGAAGAAAGCCAAGAAGAAACUGGGCAGCCAUCUUUCAGCCAGGCUCUACUAUCACCUGGAGCUUGGAGGGCCCCAGAGCCUGCCAAUUUCUUCCGCACCAGCUUGUGGUGAAGCGCUGCCUAUGUGGAUGAGAAGCAAUCGUUCCCUGUCUGAUGUCAUGAUGAAGUGGGAGGAGUACCAGCGCCAGCUUAUGCUGGGCUUACUCUGCAUCAACGUGGACAUGCAGGCCUCUCUCUUUCCUCGGGAAGGGUUUCAGAUAAAGCUUCCACCUUUGGACUGUGCAAAAGAGUGCCUGCCACUCUUCUGAGGCCACUGUCAUGAGCAGAUGAGGGUGGGUGGGAAGGGGAGCAGAUGUAGGGCGGGACCAGUCUCAUCCCUCAGCAGCAGAGCUGCCCUGUCCUCAUGAAUAUGCUGCAAAGGGGGUUUCCCCAGGAUGGAGACUGGUGGAAUUGACUGUAGCCAUUCGUUACCCACUGGCCCAGGCGAGGGAUCUCUGUGUCCGAAGGGGGCUGAUACCUUGCUCUAGGCUUGUUGAGGCCUGGCCGUUGCGCAUGGCCAAGCUGAUGCUGACCCAGCUGGGCUCUUCCAAAUAAUGCACUUUGACUUGCCGUUGGCUUUUACCACCAAAUAAUCGGGACGUAGAUGACGCUCUCAAGUUCAUACAGCUGUUAGCUUCCUUUGUUUUUUAGAGCACGAGUCUUGUGUUUUUCUUAACUCAUCUGCCAUCCCUUAGCUCUUUGUGCUACUGAAAGAUGGAGUAGCCUCUUGCCAA